AUGAGCAAGGAACCCUGGGACAAGAAACCCUGGAACAAGAACCGUGGAACAAGAAACCCUGGAACAUGGGACCCUGGAACAAGGAACCCAAGAAUAAGGAACCCUGGAACAAGAAACCCUGCAACAAAUAACCCUGCAACAAAUAACCACGGAACAAGGAACCGUGGAACAAGAAACCCUGGAACAUGGGAACUUGGAACAAGGAACCCAAGAAUAAGGAACCCUGGAACAAGAAACCCUGCAACAAAUAACCCUGCAACAAAUAACCACGGAACAAGGAACCCAGGAGCAAGAAACCCUGGAACAAGAAGCCCAAGAACAAGGAACCCAAGAACAAGGAACUCAGGAACAAGAAACCCUGGAAUAAGGAACCCAGGAACAAGUAGCUAUGGAACAAGGAACACAGGAACAAGGAACUGUGGAACAAGGAACCUUGGAACAAGGGACCCUGGGAAAAGGAACCCUGGGACAAGUAACCCAGGAACAAGGAACCCUUGA